AUGGCUUCUAUUAGGAGAAAAAGAAUCAUAUUACACAGAACCCCAAGGGAUUAUGAAACAAACAAUUGCAGCACAUCAUCAGUGGUCGACAAGGGUCACGUUCUAUACAGUGUGGAUCGGGAACCCUUUGUGCUUCCUUUGGAAUAUCUAAAUAACAACGUUGUGAUGGAGCUAUUCAACUUGAUAGAAGAAGAGUUUGGACUACCAGGCAACAGGAUUGUCCUCAUGCCUUGUGAUGCGAACUUUAUGGAAUAUGUAAUUGCUUUGAUAAAAAUGAAACCAAAUAAAGAAGUUGAGACAGCAUUUAUCAUGUCAGUAAGCAGCGGUCGUUGCUCAUCGCCGUACCUUUACCAGCAAGAAAUGAUCCAACAAUUUCCAAUAUACUUCUGA